GUCAGAAUUUGAUGGAGUUCAGUAGUCAGAGGCCUUUGAGUGCACGUCGGGGCAGUUGUGCCUUGGGCACCAGACUUCUGCGAGACAUUAUCUCCCGUAAGAUGCUACCAUUUGCCCCGCAUUUCCGAUUCCGCUCCUGACGAGGGCCCCACCUCCUUGCACCAUGUGCCAAUGUUCCCUCUUUUCUCUUUUCUCUUCUCUCUUCUCUCUUCCGGCCCCACUCCAACCCAUCCCACGGUACCCAAGGUACAAGGUAACCUACCCCAUCACCACUCAAAGAGGCGUUUCGGCGACGGAGGCUGGCUUACCACACCAAUACAUCGACGUAGGUACUUGAACACCGCUGUGGGACGCUACUUGAUCGGAACAAGGAUAAGUGCAGGCUCGCCGGGCCCGCACACCGUGUCUCGUCUUCACUGGACUUCUUUCUCUCUUGCUAGUUCACAGCAGCCAGGAAGAUCCGCAAUUCAGAUCUGCUGUAUAGCCAUGGAGCGGGCUGCCAAGGUCGCGCGAUCCGGUGGUUCAUGGACACCACGCCACACUGAAGAGACAGUCUGUGCUAUCGCGCCCAAUGAUCAGCAUAAGGACGAUCAUGGUUCAAACGCCGGACCGGAUGACAACUUCAUGAUAUCGGAUGACGAUGAGAUGUUCCAUUGGACUCAACUGUACGCCUGGCCACACCAAGACAUACUCCCAGGGCUCGAUAGCCUCGGAAACCACCUUAAUUCCACCCACCUUGCAGGUCUGCACAGCGAUUCCAUUUGCCCCGUGUCUGCAAACCAAGGCAGAAAGAGAAGCUAUGAAGAAUUGCGCAACGAAGAUACCGCAGGGGCCGAACCUCUCCAUACCCGGCAGCAUGUGCCGGCUGGUCCGGCUAAGAUCCCUACAUCUUCUCAGGAGCAGGAUGAGGUUCACCUGGAGAAUCCUUACGCAUCAGAUGAAGGGAGCUGCAGCCACCCCCAUGCACUUGUCCGAUGCCGCAGCAUUGUUGAAGAGUGCAGAGGUCGUCGUAUCGUGCUUGACGGAUUCAUCAAAACAAGAAUUACACUUUAUGGUUCUCCACGUCAUGAGCAAGGUCAUGCGCUUAAUGUGCCUUUCCGAUACUUUCCACCCAUUGAGUCAGAGAGUCGCCAUGGCGGCGGUGGAAACGGGGCUGCCGGGGAUUUGAUUCCGAGUGAAAUCAUCCGACCCCCACCGCAAUUCGGUGACGUUCAACUUAGCGGGAGGUUUGAGAAGUCUGAUCGUUAUCUCUUCAAAUUCUUUAUCGAAGCUGUCUGCAAUGGGAGAACAGUUGUCAAGAAUGACAAUGCCUAUCUCAACCAAAUUGCACCUAUGGCGGACAGCUCACCCGCGGUCAAGCACGCCAUGUUGUCGGUUUCUCUUUCAUAUAUUCUUGACUACUCUGCGGAAGACAAGGCAAAAGAACUCGCUACCCAUCACCAUCAGCAAGCUAUUUGGCAUACAAGCCAAGAACUCAAGGACACAAGAAAUUGCUCACCAGGUAACGGGGAUAGUUUGGUUGCUUGUCUUAUCCUUCUGGGCCAUACCGAGAUAGUCGUUUGGGACCGGAACCGAGACAACAUGAAGUCUACACAGAAGGAGCCCCCGAAAUGGUACCGGGGAGCGAAAGUGGCCGAACGAGUGCUUGAGCAAUCGGAUCCAGCUAGAACCCACCAAGAUCCCAAGAAUGCCCAGAUUACCAAGACGCGGUCCCAGCUAGCAAUUCGAGUGUGCCUAGACAGCGUUCUCAGUGAUUGCGUGCACCCUCUCGACCCAGGCGCCGAAAUUGAGUGCUACAACUGGCUCAUCAGAGGCAGUGAGCGAGAGUGCCGCCGAAUCGAUGGGUUUGCCGGGCUUUCUCCAGAUUUGAUGUAUUGCCUGGCCAAAAUCACGUAUUUGGCCUCCAUGCGAGACAGACGUCCAUACUCUCUGGCACAACUAGCUACCGCCAACGGCAUCAAGGAUAUGCUCAGCAACUUUCGGCAGUGGUCAGCGCUCUCGAACGGCUACGAUACAUUUCAAGAGCUCCUUGACAGCUGCGAGCUGAACGAAAAGGGCAAGGUCAACACAGAAGCCAAGGUCACUGAGUUGAUUGGUGAGAGCUACGUUGCUGCCGCACAAAUAUACUUGCAAUGUAGGGUUUUCCGUCGAAGAAGAGAUGACCCUGUGAUCAAGGAACUUCUCGCUCGACUUAUUCUUACUGUGCAGUAUCAACCCAUUUCCGGGCCGUUGUUCACGGCUCAAACCCCGCUUUUCGCUCUUUUCAUCGGAGGUCUCGUGGCCUAUGACCAGCUUGAUAGACAGGCCAUCAAAUCGUGGUUCGAUCCAAUAUGCAAGGGACCCAGAGGCAAUGUUCCUCCUGCUUAUGAGGCUCUCAAACAUGCAUGGAGUUGGAUGGACAGUUAUGAGAGGCGAAGGGGCAAGGUGGCCAAACAGGCAAUGAAUGAUGAGGCAGACGACGGGGGUGCUGGCACUGACGACGAAGAGCACGAGAUUUGGGAGAACAAGGACCCAUGGUGGGAGAAGCUUGUGACAGCGAUAACCUCAAAGUGUGGUCGAAUCAAUCUCUGCUGA